GCGGCGCGCGGGGGCGGUGCCCCGGCCAUGCAGGGCCCUGCCUGGGCUGCGGCGGGGCCCCAGGGGCCUGGGGGGCUCCUUAGGUGGCCGGGGGCAGUGUAGCGCAGUGGGUGUCCCUCUCCCGCCCCCCAUCCCCGCCGUCAUGUACACCUUCGUGGUGCGGGACGAGGGCAGCAGCGUGUACGCCGAGGUGAGCCGGCUGCUGCUGGCCAGCGGGCAGUGGAAGCGCCUCCGGAGGGACAACCCCCGCUUCAACCUGAUGCUGGGCGAGAGGAACCGGCUUCCCUUCGGCAGGCUGGGCCACGAGCCCGGACUCGUGCAGCUGGUGAACUACUACCGAGGAGCAGACAAGCUGUGCCGCAAAGCAUCUCUGGUGAAGCUAAUCAAGACAAGCCCUGAACUGUCAGAGUCCUGCACGUGGUUCCCCGAGUCGUACGUGAUCUACCCAACCAACCUGAAGACCCCCGUGGCUCCAGCGCAGAAUGGGCUCCGCCACCUCAUACACACCACCAGGACAGACGAGCGAGAGGUCUUCCUGGCGGCUUACGCCAGGCGGCAGGAAGGCAAAGAAGGCAACGUGUGGAUCGCCAAGUCCUCAGCUGGAGCCAAAGGGGAAGGGAUCCUGAUUUCUUCAGAGGCUUCAGAACUUCUGGACUUCAUCGAUGAGCAGGGACAGGUGCACGUGAUUCAGAAAUACCUGGAGAAGCCUCUGCUCUUAGAGCCAGGGCAUCGCAAAUUUGACAUCAGGAGCUGGGUUCUGGUGGAUCACCAAUACAAUAUCUACCUCUACCGAGAGGGCGUCCUGCGGACCUCUUCGGAGCCGUACAGCAGCGCUGAUUUCCAGGACAAAACCUGCCACUUGACCAAUCACUGCAUCCAGAAGGAGCACUCCAAGAACUAUGGGCGCUACGAGGAGGGCAACGAAAUGUUCUUCGAGGAGUUCAACCAGUACCUGAUGGAUGCCCUCAACACAACACUUGAGAACAGCAUCUUACUGCAAAUCAAACACAUAAUAAGAAGCUGCCUUAUGUGUAUAGAGCCUGCAAUCAGCACAAAGCAUCUGCACUACCAGAGCUUCCAGCUCUUUGGCUUUGACUUCAUGGUGGAUGAGGAGCUGAAAGUAUGGCUGAUAGAAGUCAAUGGGGCCCCAGCGUGCGCCCAGAAGCUGUAUGCAGAGCUCUGCCAAGGAAUCGUGGAUGUAGCCAUCUCUAGUGUUUUCCCCCUCAGCGACACUGGGCAGAAGGCGAGCCAGCCAUCGCCGGUCUUUAUCAAGCUGUGACCACCACAGGAAUGCAUCUGCUGUGCACAGGGAGAGACUGCCCUCAUCGAGUCAGGACAGCCCAGUGGCUUAUCUCAGUAUCAUGCCAAAAAAGUGAGAAAUCAGGCUUCACAUUUUCUGGAAAAUCAUGGGGAAAAAACCCAAUACCAAACCCAAACCACCAAAACACAGAGCUGCUGAGCCAGAGCUGCUCAGACCUGCUCUGCCUGCAUUCACCAAAAUCCACUUCAGAAAACAGCUCCUGUGACUUUGAUACCUGAAUCAAAUCUCUCUGGGAGAACAAAACAACCUUAAGCCCAACAGGGAUACUCUAAUGCUGUAUUAGCUCCUCCUUUUCUAUGAAGAUAACCCUGGGUUUUUAAGGGGACUGAGCAAAGAGUGCGCUGAUCUUCCAGGAUGUGGUGGCUGGGAAGCUGUCCUCCUCCGCUCUGUUUCUCCUUUCUUCACCUACUGCAUCAUUAGUGCCUUAGCUCAGCUCCAAAUAGAUGACUCCUUUCCUUUGUUCCUUCUCUGUUACACAGAAAGGAGUAAGCUGUCCUGCAUCACAGGAUGCCUAAAACCAGGAACACUGAGAAUUCCCUUUCCUUUGGUCAUUUUUCCAAGCUGGUUGGCUGAACGCUCAGGCAGCAGCUGGCAGAAUGGUGCUGGACUGCAGGUGGUGAAUUAAACCCAAGCAAGGAAGGCAGUUUGAUUUCUUCAUAGCUAUCCCUUUUCCUAAUGAGAUUUGAAUCAGUGUCCAAUGCCAGUGGGAUGCAGUUGGAUUCUGUUUAAAAGAGGUAGUGAGAUACAUCCCUUCUGGCAGGAUGUAGGAUUUCAAGCAUCAAUUUUGUGCAGAGUGUUUCAAAGAGCAGAAACUGCACCUGAGACACUGUAGUGAAUUCAGGCUCUUCUCUCAGCUUUCACCUUCAUGCAUUGGAAACCCAAAUCUGAAACCUUUCAGCCCAAAUUCUUUUUGUCCCAUUGGAUCCAGGCAAUUUUAUGCUCUUCCAUCUGACAAACACUGCAGUGCUCUGCCCUGAUCGCAGUCCGCAGCUCGGUCCCAUCGCAGAGGAAGGUGAGUGAAAUUUUGUAGACUAGGAGAGAGAUUCCUUCUCUGUGGGUUUGUCACACAGCUAAGAAGGUGUUUUGAGGGGGCAGUUAAGUUCCUUGAGGUCCCCAAAUUUCAGAGCUAACAUCUACUUUGGGUGUAGCCUACAUCCCUGGCACAUUGCCCACUCUGUGAAGUGUCUAUCUGAAUUUUCAGCACAAGCCCAGCGCAUCCCUCCUAAGCUAGAGGUCUUUGCAACAGCAGCAGGCUUGGUGGGAGUGUUCCAGUUUGUGUUUGCUGGCUCUGGCAGGGGGAGAUGAUUUACUCCAAAAGAAACUGAUUCCUACUACCUGAACCAAACAAAGAAGAGGUUUUGGAGGUUGCCGCCUUCUGGCUGGCUGCGUGUAUUACAUGGAGCAAAGUGAGCCAAGUAAGGGGAUUUCUGCCUCCUUCAGAAGAGCCACAGCACUUCGGCAUCCUCAUCUCUGCUUGGAAUGGAGAUUUCAGAGGUCUUCAAGUCGGCAGGCAGUCCUGGCAUCUUUCUGAAGUGCCCAGGCCUCCCUUAGAGUGAUGCAUUUUGGUCGUGCUGACCUGGGAUGGACUCUCGUUGCCACAUGCUGUGAAGCCACAGGUGGCACCGGUUCACACGUGGCCACUCAAACCCAGGAGGGAACGGAGUGGCUUACAAAACCCUGCAUCGUAGAGAGAGCACAUCCCAAAGAGCUGCAUGAGCAUCUCUGCAGUUGUCAAGUCCCCGAAGCAUGGUGUGGACCUGCCUGCAGGGGGUGUGGCGGAUACAGGAUGCACUGGUACACACUGAGAAGUGAUGGGGAGCAGGAGCUGCCUGAAAACUGGGCCACAGCUUUGCUCUCGUAGGUGCUAGCAGGUGGCUUCAGUUACAGUGAGACACUGAGUGCCAGAUCUGCUCUCUGAAUGUGGGCUUUGUGGGUCUUCAGAAGAGGGAUCAUGAAUUCAUCAGUUGGUGAGAGGGGAAUCACUGGGUAAUAAGCUGGGAGAGGAGUGGGGGGAAGGACUGGUUGGGGUUUUUAACCUUAAGAUGGUAGCACAGAGGUGUCAGAAUUAUGCUGCAGGCCAGUGGAGUGGUAACAUCCCAAGGUAAGAUGUGAGGGUUGUCACUCAGCUUGCAGAGUUCACCACAUCUCAGUUGGCACUUUCACAUUAGCUCAUAUGAGCUGGAAAAUUGCACCUUGUUGCCCAGCAAAGGAAAGAUCUAACAUCUGCACCUUGUUGCCCUGCCCUGGGGUGUGACAGAGAAGACAGUGAGCUCUUGCAAGCUCUAGGGCAGAUGAGAGCAGAGCACAAAGUGAGAAGAUAAAGCUUUCCCCAGCAUAACAAAACUAGAAAUGCUCAUUUUCUGGGGUGCUAGGUCCAUCCUUCUUUUCCCCUCAAAAGGGAAAUUAAAAAACCAAAUCACUCCCUUGCUGUGAACUUCCCUUCAUAGCAGCUUAGUGGGAUAGGGGCAGGAAAGGUGCCUAGAUGCAGGCAAAAGCAGCAGCUCCUACCAGAGCAGCUAGCAGCAGCAGGAGGAGCAAUGUCUCAGGAGCUUCUGCCUAUCUCUGAAGCCUCUUCUUCUCCCUUUUUCACCCCAGACUCUGUUGUGGCACAUCAGCAGAUGGCCUUUUUUGCUGCUCAGAUGAAAGUAGAGCUUCAAGUUGAUGGUAAAACCAUGACCACAGGUGGUGCAGCUGUUCAUACCCUGCCUUUUCAGCUGGCCUUAGGCUGAUGUAAGGAUGUUUGUUGGAUGAAGUUUUCAGACAUAGGCAUCAGCCUCUGGAGAAAAGGAGCAGGUAUCACAUGUUUUUACCACCUGCUCUCAAAGUGUUCCCCGAGGUAAAGCACAGGAGGUGAAUUAUGAUGAAGGAUGGUCUUUCCCAAAAUACCAGCUGUGAGGUGGAGUAGAGGAUGUGUGCAUGGCUGAGGCCCAAGCAUUGCAGCCAUGGCUGUACCCUGCAAGUGAAGCUCACAAGUGCUUGUGAGACCUUUGUUUCUUUUUGGUUUUUUAGGAAUACACAACAAUAAAUGUUUUCUAGCUUAUUUCAGCUAAAAGGUCAAUAGAGGAGGUCUUAACCUUUCCCCUGAGCUUUCACAAAGGGUUUCCAGAAGACACCUACCUACUGUGUUUCAGAAUGUCUCUAGUCUUAGUUGUAUCCCUCUCGUGUCAGCCGUGGAGUGCUUCAGGCCCAGCUGUUCUGGCUGCAUUUUCCAGCAGGAUCUGGUCCAGCUGGACUCUGGGUUUCAGGUAACCCCCAUGUGGCUUGUCUCAUACCAAGUUAGUCAUGAUUACCAUGCAAUAGCCUGCUGUGCUCCUGCUGAAAUCUGGUGGCUGGGCACAGCCCACAGAAAGUGCUGGAGGUGUCUAAGAGAGGCUCAAAAGGCACUUUGCCGAGGUGGCCUGGCUUGCCAGCCCUGCUGUGACCAGUGCCCUUCAGCAGUGCUUGCAUGUCCCUGCUCCCAGCAGUUCUGCUCUCCACGUGCAGCUCUCCCUCAGGAGAGCACUACUGUGCCGUCCAUAGGUCCAUACUCAUGUCUGAUUGCCAGUGCCAGCUGCUGCAGCCUUCAGAUGACCCUGGUGUCCAGAGGAGGGUGGGCUGCCUACAGUGCUGGCAGCCCUGGGUUCCAGCUCAUGGCCCCAGCUGCUCUCAUGUCAGCAGCUGCCUGUGGGAGUUAGCAGCUGCCUGAGCUCAUGGAUCUCCAGUAACUCUAACCACACUUCUCCUAAACCAUCAUUAAAACAUGCAAACCCUA